AUGAGGAAAACAACAAUAUGGAAAAGUGUCCGUGAAAGUUGUCAACAGAAAUCGAAAGCCGACGCCAACAGCGCCGCAUUUCCUUAUCAAAUCUUUUUAAUGAAAAGCGGAAAAUUUGCUGCAAGUGAGCGAGAAAACAGUCAAGUAGUUUUGUACAGUAAACGAUCGACAAUGUUACUCGUCUUAUCUUCUCAAUCUGAAACGAUCAGUAAACUCAACUCGUUGCCUAAUUCUGACAUGCACGAAACAAAUUUACAAUUCAAAUUAAAAGCGUGA